GAGAUAAGCUAAAAAAACUCUUGUCCGAAACGAUCUUUGUUCUUUUGUUUUACGUCUUUUUUUUCUUCCCAUGGGUUCCGGUAAUAGUGGUAGUUUGCAAUCUUCAAGUGGUGGCGGUGAAGAGUAUGAUUCACGCGUUGAGUCAAUCUCAGUUUUUUUCAACCAUAGCCCAUUGAGCCGUAUCGGUCAUAAUCCUUUGGGUAGCCAACCGCCGCCGCUGCCGGUGCUAAAGCAACCACAGAGCAACUCUUCAUCGACUAUGUUCGACCCUUUAUCGUACUUAGAUCAUCAUCCUUUAUCAAGAUCGGUCCUUAAUCUCGAUGCGAUUGGGUCCAAAAAUCUAAGAUCUGAGCCAAAUUACACUGAUCUUAGUGGGUUCAUGGCUGCCUCAUCGGCAUCACCAAGGACUCAACAGCUGUUCACCAACCAACAAUCACAUAGUAGAGACAGUUUUCCAUUGUUGCAGGUCCCUCAAGGACCAGAAAGUUGGAACCAAUGCUCGGUUUCCGUUACAAAUAGCCAACUAAACAACAAGAGCAAGACGGUGCGUAAUCCGAAAAAGAGAAACAGAGCUUCUAGGCGUGCGCCAACAACUGUUAUGACCACAGAUACCACCAAUUUCCGAGCCAUGGUUCAAGUGUUCACCGGGAUCCCCGAGCCACCCUUCACCUCCUCACCUUUUCAAGGAGCUAGGCUCGAUCUAACCCAUUUCGACCCUUUAUCACCUCCUCAUUAUCUUUUACGACCAUUUGUUCAAAAACUCAGCCCUCCACCUCUUCUUAGCUCAUCGAUGGCAGACACUAUAGUUUCUAAUCCUAGAACUAACACCAACAGCAGCAGCAACAACACUAGGUCUGGUUCAACCUCCAUCAACUACCAACUACCAUCCGAGUUAGGCCAUUUAAAGCAGACUCAGAAUCUACUCAACAUCAACAUGCAAAACCCGAUUCUUAACUUUCAACCUCUCCUUCAAACCCGUCCAAAAUACCCACUUUCAGGUUCAAACAUUACCGGAACAAAGUCACACGAGUCCUUGGAUGUUCGUUCCGAGUUUGGUUUGAGCCAAGGCCAUGCCAAUACCAGCCUCGCCGAGCUUCAAAACAUGGUAUCUUCAAAGGAACAUGAUCAGAGUCUCCUACGUUCCAUGAACGGGAAAGUGAGCAACUUAUCGGAUUUUCACGGGGAUGAAGAACCGGAACACGUGGCUUCGAGAAGUGAAGGUAUGGUGGAAUCAUGGAUAUAUUCAUCAGAUUAG